GGGGGGGGGGCCUGCCGAGGGGCGUAGCUGAGCUCUAGGUAGAGGGAGGAGCUUUUAGUGCCCUUCCUGCUCCAGGCCUGGCGGCUGCAGGUGUGAUUGCCAACCUCAUGGAAGCAGGGAAAAGCCCUCGAAAGUCCCCAGUCAGGAGAAAGCGGAAGCGAUCACAGCGGCUCCUCAGCCGUGCCGCUGUUCCCCUGGAGUUCUACCGCUGUGACAUCUGCAAGAAGGACAUCAAACACCUCUCCAACUUCCAGGAGCACCAACGCAUCCACACAGGCGAGCGGCCCUACCACUGUGAGACCUGCCAGAAGAACUUCAUCCGCUGCGCUGACCUCAUUAAGCACCGCCUGGUCCACUCGGACAGUCGGCCCCACUGCUGCGAUGCCUGUGGCAAGCACUUCAAGCUGGCCGGGGACCUGGCCAAGCACAGCAAGGUCCAUUCGGACGAGGCGCCCUUCAAGUGCGACGUGUGCUCCAAGCGCUUCAAGCGAACGUCCUGUCUCAUCAAGCAUCUCCGCAUCCACACCGAGGAGAAGCCUUUCAAAUGCUCCCAGUGCAGCAAGAGGUUCAAAUGGGAAGCCUCGGUCAAGGAGCAUCAGCGCAUCCACACAGGCGAGAAACCUUUCAAGUGCGAGCACUGUCCCAAGAGCUUCACCCACUUCUCCACCUUUCUGCAGCACAAGAGAACUCACCAGAACAAGAAGCAGUUCAGCUGCAAAUGCUGCUCCAAGUCCUUUAACCACAAAUCCAACCUACUGAAGCACCAGCGCACGGUACAUGGCUAGGAGCGGGCAAGUUCCCGGGUCCUGCUGCCAUGCAGCUCUGAUCAGUGUAACUUGCUUAGGCUGCCCCAGUCUCGGAGUCUGCCCAUACUCUGCUGGAGGCUGGAAAUGUGCUGAAACCCAGUGCAGAAGCUGGGCCUUAAGGAAGGGAAGCAGAACCUUGAGUGUGUGUGAUAAGGAGACUGGGGUUUGGAGCAGCUCAAGCACCAUGCCAGUUAUAAUGCUUCCCGUUGAAUGGGAAGCUGCAGGCAGUGGCGGUGCACAGAUGAUAUCGGUGCAGCAGAACUGGUGCAGGAGCUGCUAUCAGAUGGCUGGACUCUGGUUUACAGUCUAACCAAAGGUUCCCUUGUGAUCCUGCUUCUUAAAGAUCCUUCAGGAUGGUGACACUUGCCAAUUUAAUCCAGGACAGAGAUCUUCUGUGUUCCAAGCUCAGAUCUGAGCAGAGUGCCACUAAGUGAUGCUGCCGUCUGUCCUACGGAUGCAGUUGGUCUUUCAUACACUACAAACUGCAGCGGGUGUCUUUGCUUCUGCUGCCUCCGUUGAGCCCCCCAUCCCCCUCAUCUUGGUUUCAAUGCUGUAGGAACUCUGUGAGCUAAGAUCAUGUCUAGUGCAUCUGAGGUUUGGGUGAAGGGAAAAAGGGCUGGCAUUCCACCUCCUGGGGGUGGCUUGUUUUUGACUGGAUGCAUCCGUAUUAUCAUUGUUCCAUGCGCUCUUGAGACAGAUCCCAAACAGAAUGGUUUCCAGGAAGCAGCUGCAUAGUCUGUUUGAUGGAAAGAGUGUUCCUGUGGCCACUCAGUUCCCGUAAACACUGCCUGUGGCUGCUUUAAAUCACGAGCCUGUCAAUGUCAUGUUUUUUUAUCAUGCAUCUACCUCAAUGUGGCAGUAGCGCCUUCUGGGGGGAAUUCUGUAUCAUGUCCCUUAGAGGUUUUCACUGUAAUCUGAUUGCCACUGUAGUUCAGUUAAGCUUGUCCACUUUACUGUGUUCUGCAAUGAUGGACAGACCUUGCAAGCAAAGGAGAUCCCCACCUCCAAGAAUCUUUGAUCUAAUGCUUUAUGCUCCAGGGCGCGGGUGCUGGACCUCUACUUCCUGACAGAAGAAGGGCUGAGGAGCAAACUUGAGAGGGGAGGCGUGUAUGUGAACCGCUGGAGAUUGUCCCUCUUUUUCCCCCAAUACGCACAGCUCCUAAGGAGGGAUGGGCUCCAGCCCAACGACAGGGUUUAACUUGAAAGUCUUUGAGUAUUUUCCUCUGGUCACUAAUAAACAAGCUCAUAACGUUAGUUCUGCAGAA